AUGAUUUUCACAAAUAAAUUCAUUGCCAUAUUUGCGCUUUUCCAUAUAGGUUUGGCUAGUCCUGUUGCACGCAGAGACGAAGCUCGAUCCGUUAGUUCUGCUACAUCUAGUGCAUUGGAAAGUGCUCCUACUGUUGAGACUCUAAACGGUACAUAUACUGGUACAUACUUAGAUUCUUUUGAUCAAGAUAUCUUCUUAGGCAUGAGAUAUGCGCAGCCACCACUUCAAUCAUUAAGAUUUGUUAACCCUCAAUCAGUUAAUGAAUCAUUUUCUGAAGUAAGAGAUGCUAAAGAAUACCUUCCAUCAUGUAUGAACUUAGGUAAUUAUGACGGUGGCGAUAACUGGGGUUUGGAACAAUCUGAGGAUUGUCUUGGUAUUAAUGUCAUUCGUCCUGCUAAUACAACUGGACCAUUACCUGUGUUGAUGUACAUUUAUGGAGGUGGUUUCUACCAAGGUGUCAGUUCUGUUGAUGCUUAUAAUCUAAGUUACGUCGUUCAAGAAAGUGUUGAAAUGGGCAAGCCCAUGAUAGGUGUUAGUUUCAACUAUAGACUUUCAGGUUUCGGUUUUCUUGGUGGAGAAGAAAUCGUCAAGAGAGGAUACACCAAUAUCGGUUUAAAAGACCAACAUAUGGCUAUUGAAUGGGUGCAAGAAAACAUUGAUGCAUUCGGUGGAGAUCCAAAUCAUAUUGUUUUAUGGGGAGAAAGUGCUGGUGCAAUCUCUAUUUCAUCACAACUAGGCUCUGGAAGACUUAAUUCAUCCUAUAUAAGAGGUGCUAUUAUGGACUCUGGAUUUGCAACCACUGCUAAUACCAUGGGUAUUGCAACUAGUGAUGUCUUCAAUGAAGGCUAUAACAAUAUUACUGCUUACCUAGGAUGUGACAAUGAAGAAGAUACAUUUGCCUGUAUCCAAAACUAUGAAAAUGCUACUGACAUCAUUAACGCUUUUAAUCCAGAGUUCGGUAUUAUCCGUGAUAAUGUAUUUGAUCGUAUUGCAAUCGAUUAUGACUAUGUUCCAGCAGUUCCAAGUCAAAUGUUUGUUAACAAUAACUUUACUAAGGUCCCAAUUAUUAUUGGUGCUAAUAGUGACGAAGGAACUGCAUUUACUAGUAGCACCAUUGAUACUGAAGAUAUCAAAGAAUAUUUAGCUGCAACGUAUACCCAUCUUUCCGAAUCCCAACUAGAUACUAUUUUAGAUCUUUACGAAGAUAAGAAUCCAGAAUUCCAACCGCCAUAUCAACCACCAUUCCCUGUUUCAUUCAAAGGAUAUGGUCUGGGAUUCCGUAGAGCAGCAUCUAUCACUGGUGACCUUAUGUUUAUUGGACCAAAGAGACAAGUUGCCGAAAACUGGGUCUCUAAAAACUUGACUGCUUAUACAUACAGAUGGAACUUAUACUUGAAUGGUACUGAUGAGCAAUUAGGUGCAACUCAUGCCCAAGAAUUGCGUUGGAAUUUUGACAAUAAUCAAACACGCUUCCAAUCUCUUUCUCCUCAACAACAAAAUCAAACUUUGAUAUCUUUAUUUAAUCGUGAUGGUCUUUACAGAAAUCAUCAAGGUGAAGCUGUCACCAUGGCUGAGGUUAUUAGUAAACAAUGGAUUUCCUUCAUCACUACAUUAAAUCCAAAUAACCAUGAUAUUUAUGGAAUUCCUCAUUGGCCAAGUUACGGCAGCCAAUAUGAACCAAAGAAGAAUUAUGUUUACGAUUGGAGAAGUGUCUCCACUGAGAUUGAUAAUUUCAGAGAAGAUGCUAUAAAUUACGGGUAUACUCUUGCUGACGAUCUUUUUAUCGCAUACUAA